AAAAUAAAAUUUCUAAUUUCACGUAUAAAGAAUGACAUUUAAUUGAUUCAAAAGAAUAAACUUAAGUUACAUAAUCCAACAAAUUAUUAAUUGUGUCCUUUAAUUAGGGAAAUAAUCCUAUUUUAAACUCCAAUAGAUUAUUUGCACACAAAACAUUGGAAAGCUGAACAAUUACAAAAAAAGAAACAAUUACAAUCAUCAUUAAUUGAUUCUGAAGAAUUACACGAUUAAAUUAUUUUUAAAAAAUGGCUGCUGUAUUUGGUUUAACACCCAGAUUUUUUAAAUUUGCAACAUUACCAUUAUUGGGCUUCGCAAUUGGAUGGUUUUUGGAUGCUAAAGAAACUGAACGGAUGGUCAUGUUCCGGGAUAAAAGCAAGCUAUAUGGUGGUAAUGUUAAAGAAGGUCAGCAACCAACAUGGCCAUAACUUAAGUAAUUUAAUUUAUUUCUAGUUAAAAAAUUUAUAGAACAUGAAUUCGAAGUUAAUUUUUUAAUAAAA